AUGAAAGAAUUUACCGUAAUAUUAUAUGCUGGUGGAAAUAAUCGUUUAUCAACAGAUUUAUCAAUUCCAAAAGCAUUAUUACCUAUUGGAAAUCGUCCAUUAAUAUGGUUUAGUCUUGAAAUAAUUCAAUCUCAUCCAUCUCUUGCAUCAUCACCAUUAUUGAUAUUAACAUCAGGACAAUAUCGACAAAUACUUGAUGAUUAUCUUUCAACAUUAAAUAUAACAUAUGAAUUAAUUGUUUAUCGACAACAUCAUGAAUCAACAAGUGAUGAUCAACAACAAAUUCAAGAUGAAUUAGGUACAUUAGAUAUUCUUCGUUCGUGUUAUUCUCGUAUUCGAACUGAAUCAAUAUGUCUUAUUAGUUGUGAUCUUUUUGGAAAAGUUAAUCUUACAUCAUUAAUUAAUAUGUUUAGAGUAAGAGAUGCAUCUUUAUCUAUGCUUUUAAUUAAAACAAUAAUACCAUCAACAACUGGAAAAGAAACAAUUAUACAACCUGGACAAAAAAUUAAAUUUACCACAGAACCUGAAUUCUACACAGUUGAUCAAUCAACAAAUCGAGUUACGUCAAUACGAUUAAAAGCUGAUUUAGAUGAAUAUCUUCCAUUAAGACAAAAUAUUCUUGCUAAAUAUCCUCGAACAAUAAUUCGAACAGAUUUAGUUGAUGCUCAUUUAUAUUUAAUAAAAAAAUCCUGUUUGGAUAUUGCUAUUCGUUCCGAUUAUUCAUCAUUUCGUAAAGAAUUUCUACCAAAAAUGAUUCGACAAAUGGCAAUUGAUCAACCACUUGAAGAUCUUAUAUCAACACCUGCUAAUAGAACGACGAUGAUUCGACAACAAACUACUGACUUGGAUGAUAAUGCUGAUUUAUCAAGACUUUUAGAAGAAUAUGAUUGUGAUAAUCAAGAAAUAAGAGGAGGAUGUUAUUACUCUACUGAUGAAACACAAAUAUUUCGUGUUAAACAUGUUCUUUCGUAUCUUGAAGCUAAUCGACAAGCAUCAUCACUCAUUUUAUCUUAUACCAAUGAAGAUAUUACAUUUAAAGAGCGACUUGAACAGAUUCAAAUUAGUUCUGAUUGUAUCAUUGGUGAUGGACAUGAUAUAGGAAAGAAAACAACAAUUAGACGAACUAUUAUUGGAAAAAAUUGUCGAAUUGAAGAUAAAUGUAAAAUAAUAAAUUGUGUUCUAUUAGAUAAUGUUCAUGUUAAAGAAGGAGUAACUCUUCAAAAUUCUAUAAUAUGCUCUCGUUCAACAAUCGGAUCAAAAUGUGAAAUUCAAAAUUCAAUUAUUUGUUCAAAUCAACAAAUUGAAGGAAAUAGUAAAUUAAAUGGUGAAACAAUAUCAGCUAUAAAUCAUGAAUCUGAAGUUUAUAUGGUAUAUGAUGAUGAACAAUAA